AUGAGGCUCUCUGUCUGGCUCGUGUUGCUCUCCUGUGUCCUGUGUGCAAGUGCGGACCUACGGCAAGGGGGACGGUUUGUCUUGGAUGCAGCGGGAGGAGCAUGGGAUAUGCUCAGAGCAUACAAGGACAUGCGGGAGGCAAAUUACAAAAAUGCCGACAAAUAUUUCCAUGCUCGUGGGAAUUAUGAUGCUGCUCGAAGAGGACCUGGCGGUGCUUGGGCAGCCAGAGUGAUCAGCGACGCCCGGGAAAACUGGCAAAGCGGGGUGA